UCUUGCAAAGGAGAGUACCUCAUCUACUGCGUCAGUUGAAGUUUUCAACAAGUUAAUAACUCUUCAGUGUUUGACCAAAAUAUGAAAAAUUCUAUUUUAUCAACAAAAGUGAACAUCUUUCUUCAUUGUCCCAGAAAGUUUACACUGGAAGGUGAAAUCAGAGCAGAGGAUGACUCAGUACAACCAUUCAGCACAGUUCUCUCUCCAGAGCUCAGCAAAUAAAUCCUUAAAUGUCACUGAAACACCUCUGUCUUGGGAUGAAAGGACACUCUUAGGGCUGAAGAUUUCACUGUCAAUCCUUCUGUCUGUUAUAACUUUGGCAACAAUCCUUGCAAAUGUUUUUGUUGUUAUUACAAUUUUUCUGACUAGAAAGCUCCACACACCUGCAAAUUACCUCAUUGGCUCCUUGGCAGUGACUGAUCUUUUAGUGUCUGUCCUGGUGAUGCCUGUCAGCAUUGCUUACACUGUCACCCACACGUGGGCCUUUGGCCAGCUGCUGUGUGACAUCUGGUUGUCAUCAGACAUCACGUGCUGCACAGCCUCCAUCCUGCACCUCUGUGUCAUUGCCCUGGACAGGUACUGGGCUAUCACAGACGCUCUGGAAUACACCAAACGCCGCACUGCUGGCCGAGCAGCCCUCAUGAUUGCCGUGGUCUGGAUGAUAUCUAUCAGUAUCUCUGUGCCACCAUUUUUCUGGAGGCAAGUGAAAGCUCAUGAAGAAAUUGCGAAGUGUGCUGUAAACACAGAUCAAAUUUCCUACACGAUUUAUUCUACUUGUGGAGCUUUCUACAUCCCAACUGUGCUCCUCCUGAUAUUGUAUGGUAGAAUUUAUGUAGCAGCUCGAUCCAGGAUUCUGAAGCCACCCUCAUUAUAUGGGAAACGUUUUACUACUGCACACCUGAUCACUGGUUCUGCGGGGUCUUCCCUCUGCUCCAUUAAUGCUAGCCUCCAUGAAGGGCAUUCCCAUUCAGGUGGAUCCCCGAUAUUUAUCGGUCAUGUUAAAAUAAAACUUGCAGAUAGUGUGCUGGAAAGGAAAAGAAUUUCUGCUGCGAGAGAAAGGAAAGCUACCAAAACUUUAGGCAUUAUUCUGGGAGCUUUCAUUUUCUGCUGGCUGCCUUUUUUUGUCAUAUCCCUAGUCCUACCAAUCUGCCAAGAUGCCUGUUGGUUUCAUCCCAUCCUACUGGACUUUUUUACCUGGUUGGGUUACCUAAACUCAUUAAUCAAUCCAGUCAUUUAUACAGCUUUUAAUGAAGAAUUUAAACAGGCUUUCCAAAAACUAAUACUUUUCAAAAUGUGUUCCUCUUGAGACUCUCCUCCUGUGUAACUGACCCUUGUGCAAUCUCACAGACUACCCAAAACUUUCUGUGCUUUUAUUCCUAAGGAAUGGAGUGGUAAUUGCCAUUUCUGCUUCUACUCUGUUCUGUGCAUGUCACUGGGAAAUUCUUGCUAAUUUGAUACUUUCUGUCUGGGAUUGUACAUGCCAUAACAGAACUUGUCCAUGGUCUCUGCAGUGAACAUGUCUGUAUAUAAGAUCAACAACACAUGAAAUAAGCUUUGCAACGAGGCAAGGUGUGUGAACCAAGGAGUGUCUUGUGUGAUGAGGUGACACAUUAUCCAAUUCUACCAUGCUUUCUAACCUGAGAAGAGGAAAUUGUGCGUGUAUUUACAAGACAUUAGUAUUUCUGCUGUAUAUUAUUAACCAUUUAUGUUGGCUGAGAAAGUUUCUGGAGAGCAGGAUCUGAUACUACUAUUUUCUAUGGCAUGUAUCUUACCCAUGUGAAGCUGAUAAAACCUACAACUCUUUCAGAAGAUGUGUGACACAGCCUGACUAUAAUCAGCAGCAGGGCAGAGAAGCAUAGCACAGAUGUAAGUUAUGUGGAUAUUUCACAAAUGCUGCAUUUGAAUCUAUGCUUUUGGUGAAGUGUAGAAAGGAGACAAUUUAGUUGAAUUAAUUAUUACACAUUUUAUCAUGAAUAGAACAGCCAGUAAUGUUAACAAAAUAAAUAGCAUGAAAAUCA